UUAGAGAAGGAAUCUAGGCAUAGUUUUCAGCAUAGAUGGUGAAGGCACGGAGUGGGUAUGAGUUGACAUGACCAAAAUUAUUUGCCUUUGGUUUGCUAUGAUGAUGAUUAUUCAUUUUGAGGGGUGGGUGGUGAAGGCUUCUUGUAGUUGACACAUGAAAGGAAACACAAACCAGGGAAAGGAAAUUUCAGUGGCCGGGAUCGAUCAUAAGGAGGAAGAAAUACAAGGUUUUGGGACCUCUUCUCUUGGCUUAUAAAAAGUCCAAAACAGGAGCCUUCUUGGUGUUUUAGAAAGGAGGAGGCUUGGGGGAAAAGGGUGGAGAAAAAAGUGGUUAAAGGGACAGCAACUUAUUGGAUACUGGAGGAUAAGAAGACUAUUGCUACAAGGCAAAGUAAACCAAUGGAGGAAAUAUCUUCUAGUGUUGCAGUACCUUUUACACUUGGUGUUGGAAAUUUGAUUCAAAAGGAGUCCGCGGUGACGACUCACAUGGAGAUAACUGGGCUGAAGCUCAUGGCAAAUACAGCAGCGGCUGCUUUAAUGUUAAAUCCUGCAGUGGAGUGUUUAAAGGAGAAUCAAGUUGGAGCUGCUGCUCUUGUCUCAGAAAUGGUUAUUGAAUGUGAGAGUAAUUGGGUCUUGAAUGAAAGCCAUAACCAGGCAAUAAAGGAAGAUGAAUUGAUGUUAGCAGUGGAUUUUCAGUCUCUGCAUAGUUCAAGCUCUCAAUCUGUGGCUAAUGGCAAAAGUGAUCCUUGUAGGGAGGAAGCUGCAGCAUUGAAGAGUAGUUUUUCUGAAAUAGAUUCACCAAUCAUGAUCAAGGUUGAUGAUGAUGUUGAUGGUAAGUCCGGAAUAAGCGAGCUGUGUCCAUCAAUGAAGCCGCCAGUGGAGGAAACAGUUUCUGUUGCUAUGGAUAUUACUAGUGAGGAUCAAAGUGGAUCAGAUGAGUCUGAUCCUAAACCAUCUGCUGUGCUUCUUGAUCAGUUGCCAGGGGAGAGUAAAACAUGGAGAACAGGCAACCCAAAUGCUUUGGAAUUGAAUAGUGGACCUCUCUGGGGUUGUUCAUCAAUUUGUGGAAUGAGGCAGGAGAUGGAAGAUGCUAUUUCUGUUAAGCCUCGACUUUUUCAAGUUUCUUCACAGAUGCUAGUGAAUGACCAUGUGAAUGAGAACGAAAAACAGUCACUAGCCCACUUUUUUGCUGUCUAUGAUGGACAUGGGGGCCUUCAGGUUGCCAAUUACUGCCAGGAACGUCUUCAUUCAAAAUUGAUUGAGGAGAUAGAGACUGCACAAUCAACUUCGGCUGAAACAAAUGGGAGAGGUGAUUGGCAGGACCAAUGGAAGAAAGCAUUUAUCAAUUGUUUUCAGAAAAUGGAUGAUGAUGUGGGAGGAAUUGGUGCAAGUAACAGGGGAAACAACAGUGGUGGGUCUGAGUCUAAUAUUAAAACUGUUGCUCCUGAGACUGCUGGCUCCACUGCAGUGGUUGCCAUUUUAAGCCAAACCCACAUCAUAGUCGCAAACUGUGGAGAUUCAAGAACUGUCUUAUACCGUGGAAAAGAAGCCAUGCCAUUGUCUUCUGACCACAAACCAAAUAGAGAGGACGAGUGGGCUAGGAUAGAAGCUGCGGGAGGAAGAGUCAUACAUUGGAAAGGAUAUCGAGUUCUUGGUGUCUUGGCAAUGUCAAGGUCCAUAGGUGAUAGAUACCUGAAACCAUGGGUAAUUCCAGAACCCGAAGUCAAUAUUGUGCGUCGAGAGAAAAACGAUGAGUGUCUCAUUCUAGCAAGUGAUGGUUUAUGGGAUGUAAUGACAAAUGAAGAAGCAUGUGAGGUUGCAAAUAAGCGAAUCCUUCUUUGGCACAAGAAGUUUGGUGACAAUGGCCCAACAGGACGCAGUGAAGGAGCUGAUCCUGCAGCUCAGUCCGCCGCAGAGUAUCUAACUAAGCUUGCCAUCCACAGGGGAAGCCAAGAUAACAUCUCUGUAAUUGUGAUAGACUUAAAGGCUCAAAGAAAAAUUAAGAGAAAGCCAUAAAGUGAAGUGAUUUACAUCUGCCAUAUUUUCAUUUUAAGCUAUUGAUUUUAUUGUAUUUUAGAGUCAUUGGUACUUUUUAGCCCGUCAGUUUUUCACCAGGGCUAAGCUAUAAGUUAUAUAUGCUAAUAUGCUAAUAUUCGUACUGUACAAGGAUACCUUCAGCUUGGAUGUGUUAUCACUCUGUCUCUGAGAGCUUUCCAAGCAUAACAAACUUUUUUUUUUUUAAUUAAGAGCCAAUAUUUUGUGUUAGCUAA